CGAUCCGUUAUACUUAUGACGUGGUCCGCUUUACCUGUGUUGACAACUCAGUUGGAAAAAUGUCACCUGCUGCCGUCUAUACGCGUUGACCGAGUCGGAGCCAAAUCGAUUUGUAAGAACAAGAUAUUUUGAUCCGACAAAUGUCACAGACUUGUCAAACAGAAACACUGCUGUCUACGUCAGAAACUACACAAAUCAAUAUGAUAAGUAACGAGAAGACUCGGGAUGCUGAGCUUGGACUGGUUGAUGAUGCGAAAGUUAUAGCAAAGCAACCAGAACCCAGUCCAAUGUUGAAGUACGUAAGUUUGGUAUUGUUGGCCCUCCAAAACACCCUACUUAUCCUGACAAUGAGGUAUGUUAGGACUCAAAAGGGAGACAUGUUCAUGUCUACUACUGCUGUUGUGAUGUCGGAAGCAUUCAAAGUAUUGUCAUCGUUAGGAAUAAUACUAUACCAAGAAGGAAGUUUUCCCAAAUUUGUCCAGCAUCUGGUUGAUAAUAUCAUCAAACAGCCAAUGGAUUGUGUGAAAGUCUCCAUUCCAUCCAUUAUAUAUGUGUUACAGAACAAUCUACUGUAUGUUGCUGUGUCUAAUCUGGAUGCUGCCACCUACCAGGUUUCAUAUCAGCUUAAAAUCUUAACCACAGCUGUUUUUUCUGUGUUCAUGUUGAACAAACAAAUUUCCAAGUUGCAGUGGACAUCACUGGUCAUUCUGUUUAUUGGUGUGUCAGUUGUACAAUUACAGCCAACAGAAUCCAAACAGAAAGCCCCACCAGCGGUAGAACAGAAUCCAAUGUUAGGCUUCAUCUGUGUUGUCAUUUCAUGCUGUAUGUCAGGGUUUGCAGGAGUGUAUUUUGAAAAGAUUUUAAAGGGAACCAAAGGAUCAGUGUGGUUACGAAAUGUACAACUCGGAGGUCUGGGUGUUGUGAUAGGAUUAAUUACCAUGGAAAUUAACGAUGGGACAAAAGUGACAGAAAAGGGAUUUUUCCAUGGCUACCAUAGUAUUGUGUGGUUUGUUAUAUUUUUACAAUCAUUUGGAGGGCUUUGUGUAGCAGUGGUAGUGAAAUAUGCUGACAAUAUAUUAAAGGGUUUUGCCACAUCAGCGGCCAUUAUUUUAUCAUGUAUAGCAUCUAUAUACUUUUUCGAUUUCACAUUAACAUUGCAAUUUUCACUUGGUGCUUCUCUAGUUAUGUAUUCUGUUUAUAUGUAUAGUAAAUAUCCCGUUGGGGCCUCUCCUUCAACUGAUGGCAAGGUCAAUAUCAGAUGAAUCUAGUUGACCUUAGUUGCUUUUAAGCUUGAUUUUAAAGUAGGAGUACAGGUAUUCACACGAUAAUUGAAAUUAUUCCUCUAUUAUAUACAUGUACUUUAAAAUAUACUGUUUUACGUCAUCCGACAAUCAAAAAUGGAGGUAUUAUACUUAUUAUCCUUUUGUAUUGUCACUUCCAGUUAUAACCAUAAAAAGUAUUUAUGGAAAAAAAUUGUUGUCAGAAAAUAGAUAUUGUUCAAAGCAAUUGUUUUCUGUUUUAUAAUUCAACAGCUUUAUUUAAUACUUAACAUCAAUAUGGUAUUGAUUUGGCAAAAUAUUGUUUAAAAGUAUUAGUUAAAUAUCUUGUAUUAAUACUUAUAAAUCUUUUCCUGCACUGUAAACCAUUUAUCCAGUAAUUACAAAUGAUAUAAAUGAUAUUAGGAAUAUGUGAAUAAGUUUAACUAUAACAGAUACAAGAUUCUAAAAAAAUGUAUUGUAUUAAGAAGGUGUCCAUGGAAAAAACAGGCAGUGGAUGGCACAUGACAUAUUUUGUUUUCAAAUUUUGUUCAUCUAUUUCAUAUCACAAAGUCAUUCUUUCUCAAAGUUUUAAUUUUGUUUUUUUACUAACUGCAACAAAUAAAGAGAAAACAAAUAUAUAGAAAGCACUGAUUAGAUUCAAUGAAUAGGGGAGAUAAUUCUUCAUUUUUUACAAAAUUUUGUUGCAUUGAUAGUGAACUUUAAAAUCAUUUUCUGAGCCAUCAACUGUUGAUUCAAAAAUAUCUUUGACACAUAUAUCCUUUGUAUGAUAUAAACAUUGCAUUGGAACCAAAAAUUCAGUGGGGGAAAAAAUUAUGUUGCGCCACCCAUAUCAUAGGAUUUGCCUGAUAUUUACUUGGACAGCCUCUUAAUAUGUUACACGGACUAAUCUUUAACAUUUUGCAUAAAAAGUAUUUUUGUAACUUUAAAAAAAUCAUUACUUAUUUCAAUAUUUGCAUGUACAGUUUACAAACAUUAAGGGUAGAGUUGUCUCCCUUAGUAUAUCUGGUAAAAGCAUAGAAAAGAGAAUUAGAUUUAAUCUGACCUAUUUCUUUUACAAGAAAACUAACUUACGCCUUCAAUGUGUUAGUUUAUCAAGUUUAUUAUGUCAACUUGACUAUUGUAAUACAUGUUUAUUGAUUUCAAUUAACAGACGCAAAAUGAACGCAACUAGAUUUUGUACAUGUUCAUUGUGUAAUGUACAGCUGUAUAAAUUAUUAUAUAUUGACAGAAAUCUCAGAUUGUAAAAUACAUGAUUAGUGUAUCAAUAGGUGAUAUAUCCUAUCCAAUCAUUAUUAGUCCCAUUACUAUUGUUAUUAUUAAAUUUUAUUGUUUAUUUUGGUAAUAUAUACACAUGUAUUUAUUUGUUAUUUCUUUUCUUAAAAAAAUAUCAUGGUUGAAUAUUUGUUUUUCAAACUGUCAGAUGCCAUAUAUAGAUCUGUUUUAAAAUGAUAUGUGUUACUGAUCAGAUUUGAGUAUACUUAGGGCUAUUCCAGAAAAAAAAUAUAUGGGGAUGUGGGGGGGUUGGAAGACAGUUUUUGUCAGUGCUGACCCGCCACCCAGACAAUUGUAAUUGAGAAUUAAAGUGCAUUAUAGUGUGAAAAGUUGCUCUGAUACCCAUCACCCAUGUAUUAUUAAUACAGUGUGCCUUCCAACAACCCCCAUACAUUAUUUUCUGGAAUAGCCCUUACUUUUAUAAUCAUCUUAUGGUGGUUUAAACAAUAUUUACUGUAAAUUCAGAAAUUAUUGUGAGUUUUUUUUUAAAUGCAAAUAAUGUAACUGUGCGAGUAUCAUAGGAAUAAGAGCUCCCUUUCUGAUAUCUGAUACAUAUAUUUGUAUGCUGUUUUUCCUGAACUUGCAAUAGUCAAUCUUGCAUUUUCAUUCAUUCUACAAAAAUCACAAUUAUAAAUGCACUCAAAACAAUUUCUGAGUUAACAUGUACAGUAGUUGGGUUAUUCACAGAGUUCGCGAAAAGUGGGGGUCCUCAGGAUUUUACCACCAAAAUUUUACAUACAUGAAGGACAAUUUUAGUAUUUUUCAAUACAAUUAAUAGUGAGGACCAGCAGAUUUUCUUCAAGGUCCACCAAGGAAAAAAAGAUGUCGCAAACUCUGGGUUAAAUUGUUAAAUGUACAUGUAGCUAUUGUAGAGCAGUUGAAUAUAUAUAACUACUGAAUUAUUUGGGUUAAGUCCUUUCUUGAAACUUAAAUCAUGGUGAUAUAUUAUUUGUUUUGGAAUGAGAAAUGCUUUAUUGAGGGUUGAAAUAUACAAAUAUAAUCGAAUUUGGGUUUAAAUCAUUGGUUAGUUAAUUUUUAGUGAAAAUGAAAUGAUUAAUGAAUAUUUUUAUUGAGAUCGUCUUAAAUCAUUGCAUCCCUGUUAAUUUAAUUUGUCAAAUGUAAUAUUUGUAAUUACUAAAUAUAAUAAUAUUGGGUAAUUGCAUGAAUAUUGGGGAAUAUUGUCCCGAGUAGAAUUUUAUAUUGCACAAGCUUGCGAGUGCAAUAUAUAUGUUCUACGUAGGGACAAUAUUCCCCAAUAUUCAUGCAAUAACCCUUUUAUUGUAUAGCAAUAUAAUAUUAAAAAGUAAAAAUUGGUUUAAACUAAGAUUUUGUCAUUGAUGACAUCAUGAAUUUUGAAGAUUUAUUGCACUAGUGCAAUAUUGGAAUUUAUUGCACACUAACUUUUAAUUACUUUCUGUGGGAAAUAUUAUUUUGCUCUACAAUAAUAUAAUACACUAUUUCUUGCUUAUUUUACUCAUGUUUAAAAGUUAUAUAGGAUUAAAGUUUAUGUCCUUAUUGAUGAUUAAAAAGGUUUUAAUUGUUUUGGAUUGAUAAAAUCAGUGUCUAGACCAACAUCCUAAACUUAGGUGAUUAAAAAAUCAAACACCUCAUUCUCAUCAGGUUAAAUCUUCAGUAAACUAUGAAUUUCCACCCAAAACACAUACUAGACUGAUAACCAAAAAAAAACCUGGUUAAAUUUUGUAAGUCAACUUCUUUUGAGGCUCCUGCAGGGUAAAAAAAGACCUGCGAGCUCUGGGCUUUUUAUAGGCGACUUCUGACCUGAGGGCCUUCUAAAAACGAUCUGCGACCUGUAAAAUUUGGAAAAAAAAGACCUCCCACCUGUACAUUUCCCUUAAAAAGGACCUUUAGACUAAUUUAAAAGCGACCUUGCGAUCUGAGGGGGGUUUCCUGUUGGAGCCUCUCUUUUCUGGAUGUACCUUUAUCAGCAAUGCUCAUACCAAAACAUUUAAAAGCCUUGAGGUGGUUUUACUAAAAAAAACUAACGUUAAAGAUUGAUCGUAAGUCAUAAACAAUUCAGUAUACUUACAAUCAAUCUAAGUUGUGUUUUUGUGAAAUUGACUCAAAGAAUGUACAUAAUUUGAAAACAGUUAAAAUUCUAAUGUGAUAUACUUUUGUUUAAUCCAUUCUGAUUGGUUAAAUCAAAAUAUUUGUGGGAUAUCUACUUAACAUUUACAAAAAAUAAUGCGGUCACAUUAUAGAAGCUCACAGUGUGAUUUAUAAAUUAGAACUAGUGAAUAAAUAUCUAUCAGUGAAUUAAAAUAGCAAUAUCGAUUGUACGAUAAAAUUGAGAUAGGAAAUGGGAAAUGUGUCAAAGCAACAACAACCCGACCAUAGAGCAGACAACAGCUGAAGGCCACCAAUGGGUCCUCAAUGUAGCGACAAUUCCCUCACCUGUAGGUGUCCUUUAGCUGGUCUCUAAAGUUUACAAGUAUACUUUCACAGAAGAUUCUACUGUAACAAUUUGUAAAUUAGUUAUCAUUGUUAGAUAUUAGUUCUUUCCAAUUUUUUCUUAGGGUGGCAGGUUUAAAAUUUCACAAUGGUAUACUGUUAGGUCUGUACAAUAGAGCUAUUUCUUAGGUUCAGUCUUGCCAGACUUCUGAAUAUAAACACUAUACUGUUGUGUGUUCUAUCCAAGUAUAUUUGGCUUCAUGUUGAUGAAUUGUAUAUUUUAGUAGUGGGUAAUUUGCAUAAAAGGGGACAAAUGAUUGUAAGGUAAUUGUUAUAAAUGUAUUCCUGUACAUGUACUUUUAAAAUUAUUGUGGAAUUAUUGUGGAAUUAUUUUACUUCAAAAAAAAACAUAAACAUAUUAAAGUGGGAAAUGUAUAUGAAAGGUGCAUAUGACAAGUUUUUCAAUUCAAUUUAAAAAAAUUAAAAUAUCCCCAUGAGCAAAUUUUAUCUUUUCAGAAACAGGUAAAAAAAAUUGCCAAAUAAAACCUAGAGAACAGCAUUAGCCAGAGAAAUCAUCAAAGUUAGACUCCAUGAAUAUAAAUCCUUUUACAGUUAAUAGAAAUUUAUUUGUUUUGGAUAUAUUUGUAAUCUGGAAAAUAACCAUGACUUGAAUAAGUUUAACUGAUAUAUUUCUUUUGGUUAAAGCUGGACUGUAGAAUUGAAUUUGUCAAUAAAAUGUUAAGAUAAUUAAAAAAAAAGGGAUAGUGUUGUUCUGAAGUAGGGAUUGUCAAAUUGAAUCACUUCAGUGUGAGUUCUUGCCUUCAUGUAAAAACUAUAGUCCCUUAAAAAGUUCCAAUAAUAACCAAUUCAGUUAUUGUUCCUGAUUCCUGGUUGAUAGUCCCUAAAAUGUGUGAAUUAUAAACAGGUAAACAAGCAUGCCUGACAAUCAAAUGAAAAACAUCCCUUAGCAACUAAAUGUAAGCUACAACAGGACCACUGUCAUGACUUCUUUGUAAAGAUGGACAUUUGCUUUCUUGAUGAAAAGAAAUACUGACUGCACUGUCAUGUAUUAUAAAUCUCAAGCUAAACUGUUCACUUUCUAGAUUUCAUAGCAUAAAAGUUUGACAGCUGUCUAUAUUAAGCUCAAAACAUAACAAUGGCUUGAAAUAUUUUAUGCUUUGUAUAGCAUCUAUAAAAAAAUACUUGGCUUUUUUUUUAGUAGUUUACGUCUUGUUUCAUUCUGGUUUGAUUUUUCCCCCUCUUGUUUAAGACAUGUAUAAUUCUGUUACCCAGACACCAUUUACACAUGUUACAUUUGGUUGAAUAUUGUUAUUAAAAUUAUUGAUGAAUAAUGCAGUUCAUAUACUUGAUAUUUCUUAUUUUUUACGAUCUAUAAUUGAGUUGAAAAGACCAUAUUCGAAACCCCACAAAAUGUCUGUUUCUUGAACAUCAUCUUUUGUUCAUUUUAAAAAAUGGUGCUGUUUGUUUCAAAAACUGUUCAUCUUGCUGCCAGAUUAUUCUGAAGUUAAGCCACCAGGAUACUUAAUAAGGAAUAAAACAUAAAAAUUGCAAAUCUUGAAAAUUUUAUUAGAGUAGUUUGAAUUUUAUGUUUUCCCAUUGUUGUAUUUUGCUGCUGCCUACAUAGAGCUUUAAUCUAUAUUUCAAAUGUAUCAGUUUUAUGGCAUCUAAUUUUAUUGUUUUGAUUGCCAAUGUAUAUUUAAAGGUAUUAUAUUAUAAGGCAAAAAGAAUGUAUCAGUUUUAUGGCAUCUAAUUUUAUUGUUUUGAUUGCCAAUGUAUAUUUAUUGGUAUUAUAUGAUAAGGCAACAAGGAUACACUGUUUCAAUUUUAACAUGACCAGUAGAAUAUUAUUCCCUCCUUAUUGUUUCUUUUCAAUAUACAAUCAAUUGAAUCAUCUGUGUUUUGUUUUAAGGGCAAUUGACAAGGUGACAUAUGUUAAUUUAUUUGUUAUUGAUGACUGUAGGUUAGUAUGUAGUCUAGAUAGGUUUGUUUUUGUGGUACAGGUUUUGUUUUUUGGGUUGCUGUCUUAUGAUUCUUAACAAUGUAUCCCUUAUCAAUUCUUAGAGCAUAAUUUACCUAUUUUGACUUAAUGGGAGACCAACUUUAGUUUUAAAAGAUAAUUUCAAAUAUUUCAGCAUAUAGUAAUAUUUUUUUUCAAAUGUAACGUCAGUUGCCUAGCACAUCAAUUUUAAGUGUCAUGGUGCAUGCAUAGUUCAACAUAUAGGUUAUUAUUAUAGAUACUGUAUUAUAACAUAAAUGAAAUAUGAUAUCAUUAUUGUUAUCAUGUUGUUAAAUAUUCCAUAUUUUGGGAAUAUGUUGGAUAUAUAGUGCAUUUACUGUACCGAGGGACAAUUAUGCAAAUAAAAGAUGUUUUU